AUGAACAUGCUAUUUAGUUGGUUUCUACUUCUUAAUAAAUGUGACAAUGAAGAAUUUAAGACCAAUAGCAUCAACACACUAGAAAUUUACAACCAUACGAUUGAUUUACAAGAAACAUACAACACCAAUUCAAUCAAAAUGUCCUUUGGACCACAGCAUCUUUUCAGGUUUAACCUGAAAAAUGGCAUUUUAUCUGUAUAUGACCAGGCCAAUUAUUACACAAAAGAAAUAACUUUCACAAUUCGACUGGAUUAUGAAAUCAAGUAUGGACCUAUAGCUGAUUACGUGUAUCUCUUCAUAGCAUAUACUGCUGUGGUCAUCGGAUUGCAUACAAUUCUAUAUUUCAUGUACCUGGAAAAGCUAUUAUUGAAUUUGUUUGUUUAUGUUAUUUAUGCAUACACUCUGUUGCAAAAGUUUGUGGACAGCCAUAAACUUCUUGAUAUACUCUCUUUUACGGCUCUUAUGCUACGCGAUACACUUUUUACGUUGCUCUUUGCUGUUUCUUUUUAUCUGAACUCAAAUGGUUUGAUGGUUGAACAGAUAGGGACUAAUUUCCAAAAAUGA